AUGACGCGCCCCGUACUCGUCUUGUCCUUCCUGCUCGCCGCGAUGGAGGCAGCGGCUGCUGCUCAAGACAACUCGAGUGUCUUCGACUUCCCAGAGUACCCACCGCCGAUGACGCCGCCUCCGAACCAGACGCUCGCGGACUCCGUCGCGCCUCUGUCUGCGGACGAGGCUUUCAGUAAGGACCCGGCGCUGCAGAACUUCAAGAUUCACUUCGACACCGGCAAGUACGGCCCCCCAGUCGAACUGGUGCACGCCUAUUUUGAUUUCUGGCCGAUAGGCGUCGCGGUGAGUAGCAACGGGAGGAUAUUCACCUCCUUUCCACGGGGAAAUGAGACCUUCACGCUAGCGGAGGCUAACACAGCCACCACCGAGGUGCCGUUCCCCGACCAGGACACAAACACGCCUGAGGCGUUUGUCAACACGACAAACCCUGGCUUCAGCAUCGCGACCGAGAAGCUCCUCUUCAUCCAGGCGGUCGUCGUCGACGGAAUGGACCGCAUCUGGGCACUCGACGUCGGGCGGCCGGUCGUGAACGGCACGACGCUCUUGGCGGCCUCCCCUGGCGGCCCCAAGCUCCUCGGCUUCCACCAGAACGGCACGAGGUUCGCGAGCAUCACCUUCCCCGCCUCGGUCGUCCCCGCCGACUCGUCGCUGAACGACCUGCGCAUCGACCUGCGCGGCGACGGCUUCGCGUACCUCCCGGACAGCUCGCCGCAGCGCCCGGGUAUCGUCGUUGUGAACCUGCGCACGGGCGUGUCGUGGCGGCAUCUCGACAACCACCCGUCCGUCAUAGUGCAAGUCGAUCUAAUUACUUUCCACAAUGGAGUUCCGAACUACAUCCAUCCGCCAGUGUUGCCGUUUGCGGUGACGGCCUUCAAUCGGGCCGCGGUAGAUGGUGUUGCCCUGUCCUCAGAUGGCGAGUUGUUCUACUAUGCGCCGUUGGCGGGACGCAGGCUCUUCCGCAUCCCUACGUCGUUCUUGAAGAUCCAGCCGUCUGCGGUUAAUCCGAACGCAAUCAUUCUAGCCAAUCAAGCGGUGCAGGACUUGGGGGAUACCGGGAGCCAUCUCAUCGGACUAGAGAGUGACGAUCAGGGUUUCAUCUACCUGAGCGCCCCAGAGCACAACGCGAUCAAUCGCUUCAACCCGAAGACAGGCCUGAUUGAACCGUUCUGGCCCGACACUCUCGCAGUGGCUUCCCUGAAGUCCGGCGGGAACUUCCUGUACUUCACUUGCAACCAGUUGAACUAUCAGAGCGGGACCGACCUGCGCACGAAGCCGUACGCUAUGUUCCGUGUCCCGAUCGAGGGUGGAAAGGCAAACCAGCUGUGA